AUGAGUGAAGAAGACAUAAUAGAAAGUGGAAAAUUAUUCAAUACCAACGCAGUUGAAAGACAACCACUAAUAAAUAGAAAUGAGCAACAAUUACAACAAGUUGCUAUUUCUGUUCCAUCUAAUGUAGAAGAAGAUAUGAUAAGAGAUUAUGAAGAACCAAAUUUUAGUAAUAUAGAAGAUUAUUAUAGUGUUAUAGGAGUUAAUAAAAAUGCGUCAGAAAAUGAAAUUAAUAAAGCAUACCGUAAACUAGCAUUAAAAUAUCAUCCUGAUAAAACAACAGAUCCAAAUGCAGAAGAUAAAUUUAAUAUAAUUAAUACAGCUUAUAAUGUGCUUCAUGAUGAAAAAAAAAGAAAGUUAUAUGAUAUAUUUGGAACAUCAGGAAUAGCAAUUGCAGAAGUUGUUAAAAAAGUGAAACCAUUUAUUCAAUGUGGAUUAUUUUUAUUAGACUUUAUAUUAAUAAUAUUAAGUAUUGUAUUUUGUUUAUGGGUUGUACUACUUAUAGUAAAAUUAGAAUUAAAUAAAGAGUGGAGCUUUUCUGCUGUUAAUGUUCCAAUUGAUAUUUUAUAUUUUUUGUCAUUCCCUUAUUAUUCAAAAAGAUUAUCUAAACUUCUUGGUGGGACUGGACAUAUUAUAAAUUGGAUUGGAUUUAUUUUAUUCUUUGUUAGAGUUGAUAAAGACAAUGAAGACAGUAAUUAUUUUGUUUGGUUAAUUCCUUAUUUUAUUGGAAUUGUAUUACAAUGGAUUGCAAGUAUUAUUGAUGAUUGUUUUUCUGCUGAAAUUACAAAUGAGAAUGGUGAAUCUGUUCAAGUUAAAAGAAGUGCAAAAGCUAUUAUAUUAAACUUUAUGUUAAAUACAUUAACUUCAGCCCUUUCAAUUAUUUUUAUUAUUUUCAUUGGAUUAGCAGGUAAUGACCCACAACAUGAUUGUUUAACAGUUAUGAUAGUUGGUAUUUUCUAUUUUGUAAUGAGUUGUAUCUGUUCUUCUUUCAAAGACUUUAACUUUACUAUUAUUUCUUUUAUUUUCAAUUGUGUCUUUACUAUCUUUUUGAUUUGUCAAUUAGUAUUAUUGACUUUAGAUAUUGGUGUUAGACAUUCAUAUAGUUAUUCUGUUGCACUUAUUCCAUUAAUUUUAGUUGGAGCUAUUUCAUUAUUAUUCAGCAUAGCAUUAGGACCUUUUAUGUGUUGUUUCUUAGUACCUUUGUUGAAUUUAUUCGAAAUUGACUAG